UUAUCGUAUUGUGUCCAACAAGGCUUUGGAAUCAUCCAGCAACACAAUCAAGCCAACCAGUGGUCAGACAAUCCUUGUUUCUCAAACACCUGAUGAACAAGCCAAACAAGGCGGUGGAUGCUGUUAAUUUUCUUGCCAUUAUUUAUUUCUCUAUUAUCCAGUUUCUUUCAUACCAUCGCCUUCAGAAUAUUGUAUUCUCUAAUUAAAAAUACUCUUUUUUUGACUUAUUUUUGUUACACGCAUAAAAUCAACUUCAGGAGCCGUACAAACACUCAAGGUCUUUCUAAGUCUGCUUCUCAAUCACUUUUUGAAUUCAAGGUCAUAAUUAUUUUUCCACAUUGCAAGCAGGAUAUUGAUAGAAUAUCCGAUAUAGGGGUUCUUUGAUGUGGUUGAAUCACCUUCAAGGCCAAUAAAAUAUCGUUGAAAUUGAAAAUAAAAUAUAAUAAAAUAGACAUUGGUUUUUAUUUCUUUUUCUCUUUCGCUCUCUUUCUCUCUCUCUUAUGGAAAAUAAAGUAGGAUCGACAGGUAAAG